CUCCUCGAGAACCCAUCGCGUCAGUGGUUAGCUGUCGUACGUCCGAUCCGGAGCAGUUGUUUUUCGCCGAUGGCGUGCGUACUUUCAAUAAAAUAAUGCCUAAUCGGACUGACAAAGAGAAGGUGCCCGUGAAAACGAACGCCGGCACGGCAUCCAAGAAUGGCAAGGAGGCGCAGGAAAACGCGGAAGAGAUGAACAAGUGCAACAACAACAGCGGCGGUGGUGGUGGCGUCGGCGGGGGGGGCGGUGCGGCCCGGGUCCCUCCCGGCCCCAAGGGGGGCCCGGCGCCCCCCCCAGCCAACCUGCUGGCCAAGUCGAAGCUGACGGGUGGUGCGGCGCCGCCGGGAGCGGCCCUGCGCAAGGACAAGCGCCAGAACUCGUCGCGGUUCAACGUGAGCCGCAACCGGGAGCUCCAGAAGCUGCCCGCCCUCAAGGACGCGCCCCCCGCCGAGCGGGAGGACCUGCUCAUCCAGAAGAUUCGCCAGUGCUGCGUCCUGUUCGACUUUGUGUCGGACCCGCUGUCGGACCUCAAAUGGAAGGAGGUGAAGCGGGCCGCACUGCACGAGAUGGUGGAGUACAUCACAUCUCAGCGGGGCGUGCUGACGGAACCCAUCUACCCCGAGAUCAUACACAUGUUUGGGGCCAACGUGUUUCGCACCCUGCCCCCGUCAUCGAACCCCAACGGGGCCGAGUUUGACCCGGAGGAAGACGAGCCGACGCUGGAGGCGGCCUGGCCCCACCUGCAGCUGGUGUACGAGCUGUUCCUGCGCUUCCUGGAGAGCCCAGACUUCCAGCCAGCCCUUGCCAAGCGCCACCUGGACCAGCGCUUUGUGCUCCAGCUGCUGGAGCUCUUCGACUCUGAGGACCCCCGGGAGCGGGACUUCCUCAAGACCACCCUGCACCGCAUCUACGGCAAGUUCCUGGGGCUCCGGGCGUAUGUUCGCAAGCAGGUGAACCACAUGUUCUACCGCUUCAUCUACGAGACGGAGCACCACAACGGGGUGGCGGAGCUGCUAGAGAUUUUAGGGUCGAUCAUCAACGGUUUUGCGCUGCCCCUGAAGGAAGAGCACAAGCUGUUCCUGCUGCGAGUGCUGAUGCCCCUGCACAAGGUCAAGUCCCUUAGCGUGUACCACCCGCAGCUGGCCUACUGCGUGGUACAGUUCCUCGAGAAGGAGCCCAGCCUUACCGAGCCGGUCAUCCUCGCCCUGCUCAAGUUCUGGCCCAAGGUUCACUCUCCAAAAGAGGUGAUGUUCCUGAACGAGCUGGAGGAGAUUCUGGACGUGAUUGAGCCGGCUGAGUUUGCCAAGGUGAUGCUACCGCUGUUUCGACAGCUAGCACGCUGCGUGGCCUCCCCACACUUUCAGGUGGCCGAGCGUGCGCUGUACUACUGGAACAACGAGUACAUCAUGAGCCUGGUGAGCGACAACGCGGCACAGCUGCUGCCCGUGGUAUUCCCCGCCCUGUAUCGCAACUCCAAGGCCCAUUGGAACAAGACCAUCUAUGGCCUGGUCUACAAUGCCCUCAAGCUCUUCAUGGAGAUGAACCAAAAGCUCUUCGACGACUGCGUCCAGAGCUACCGCCAGGAGCGGCACAGCGAGAAGCUGCGACUGAGGGAACGGGAGGAUGCCUGGAACCGGAUAGAGUCCCUUGCCGAGAAGAACCCUCAGUUUCAGGAGGUGAUCCCCCUGCUAAGUUCGGACAGCAGUAGCAUGGCCGGGAGCACGGCCUCCGACGCCUGCAGUCCGCCCGAAGAUGACGACAUGCUCUACAACAGGCUCGAGACAGAGGCCAGAGAGGCCUCUCGGCAGCAGCUGGCCCAAGCCAAGAAGGAGAAGCCGCUGCUGCGACGCAAGUCUGAGCUGCCCCUGGACUCGCUGACCCUGAAGGCCCUGAGCGACCACAAACGGGCGGACCAGUUCCUGAGCACGCCCCCUCCCGACACCGCAGCCAACUAGGAGACCAGCUAUUUAUUGGAAGACCGCUUAGGUGCCCUAUACAAUUGCUUCUGCCGGCAUUAUUUUUGUACCAGUGCGGCCCCGGAGAGAGAGAGGACACAGCUGUGCUGCCGUCGGCAGGUCGGGAUCACCAGUGGCCUCCCGCUGGCACCGGGAAGGGCCAGCGGGAAUACACCCCCUCCCCCCCCCCUUGUUGUUGGUGUUUCUUGUUGCAGCGCGUAAAGACGUACUACAGAUAGUAGAAGUGGCCGCUGUCACCCUCCCCUCCGCGCGCCCAAACGCGCUCGCGGGACGGCGCCGUUUUUAUUGCGAGGAGGCGCUUCCCAGACGCUCGGUCGACGCGACCGACCUCAAUGGGGUGUGCAGAGAGGCGUCGGCUUCGUCGUGGUCUGCGCAGCUUAGCUCGGGCGAAGCCGUUCGUCGUCUUUGGCCCGGGAGACCGGAGGGGGCAGUGGCGUAGCCAGGAUUUGUUGGGGGUGUUUAGUGUCCAUUAAAACGAAUGUCACUGUCGGAGAGCGUCUGCAAAUUUCGCGUUGCUGGGACCUCGUCGUCGGGCGUUUGUGUCGUUGCGGACGUAAAGAUAGACGUAAGGCAAUAGUCGAGACCUGGAAUCUCUGACGUGGCUUUAUGUGACUACAGAGAGACAUACUUUCGACAGCAGUGCCUUUGUUUGGGAGGAGGACGCUUGCGUAAAGCGGCCGUGGAUGAAAUGAUACUAGGUUGAAAAGGAGGCAUGCUCAUAGGCCACUUCGGUGCAUCGAGGCAAAGCUGCAGUCACUUCAGCAUCUGUGCGGCAAUGUUGGCGUUGAUUCAGCGUCAUUACCUGGCUGCUCUUUUUAGGUCCGUCAGUGUUUUUCUUUUUUGGUUGCCAUUUUAUUUUGCAAACAAUAAAGCAAAGACAAAAGCUGUUACAUUUUCCUAGCAA